AUGGCAAGAACUAAACAGACCGCUCGUAAAUCCACCGGUGGAAAAGCCCCGAGGAAGCAGCUCGCUACUAAAGCCGCCCGUAAGAGCGCUCCAGCCACCGGUGGAGUCAAGAAACCUCAUCGUUACAGGCCCGGUACCGUGGCUCUGAGAGAGAUCCGCCGUUAUCAGAAGUCCACUGAGCUGCUGAUUCGCAAACUGCCUUUCCAGCGUCUGGUGAGAGAAAUCGCUCAGGAUUUCAAGACGGAUCUGCGCUUCCAGAGUUCCGCUGUCAUGGCCCUGCAGGAGUCCAGCGAGGCUUAUUUGGUCGGUCUGUUUGAGGACACCAACUUGUGUGCCAUCCACGCCAAGAGGGUCACCAUCAUGCCCAAAGACAUUCAGCUGGCCCGCCGGAUUCGAGGAGAACGCGCUUAAAUCCACAGUGACGUCAUCCACAUCAACCCCAAAGGCUCUUUUAAGAGCCACUUCAAUCACACUGAACGAGAUUAUUUCCAGUUUUUAUUAUUAGUGGUUUAUAAGGAGAUUUACUGUGGUGUUCAUUUAGUAUUUCUAGCAGGUUCUGUUAAGUAGCUAUAAAAUAUGAAAGUUUAAUUUUUCAGUUUAACGUAGACUGUGUAAGUACACUAGUGUGGUUUUAUUGUGUGAUUUGUUUACACAACAGCUGCAACAAAACAUGUUUGAGUAAUAAACCUUUUUCAUAUUUCGUGGUUUUGAACACUAAAGUAAAUGAUUGUAGGUUAAAUACUGUA